AUGCAAAAGCGGCGCUGGCGGAGGGCAAACUUGCGCUAUCGGCCACGAGGGAGGGGUGCCCUGGCAAGGUUUGCGCACGGAGCGCAGCACGACGGGACGUCAGUUGUCGUCAAUCUGGACAUCGCGGAGCGUUGCUUUUGGCUCAACGAUAGUGCGGAGUGCCGGCGCUGGGCGGAGUGGCGGUUGUGGGGCGCGCUCCUCAGUGCGCUCUGCAUGGUGGUCGCCUUUCAGCGAGCCGUCACUAGAGAACAGACGGAAGUGGGGCAGCUCAGGACAGCGUCACAUGCGGUGAAACGGUGGCCACGUGCCCGUGCAGGUUGA